AUGCUCGGGGAGCGAGUGUCUGUACAGUCGGUGUUGAAGCGAAUUGAUGCUGAGGAGGGAAGGCCCCUGAGACUGACUGUGUACAAUGCGAGACACCGAAUGAACCGAGGCAAGGAGGUGUACAUACAGCCGGCGCGCUCGAACUCUUCUUUGCCUUUGCUUGGCUUGGGGCUGCACUUUGCUUCUUUUGAGGAUUCUCUUUGCUCUCCUCUCAGAGUUCUAGGGGUUUUCACGAACUCACCAGCAGAACGAGCGGGUCUUAGAGCAGGCUCAGAUUAUAUUUUAGGCGAUGAUAGGGGAGCUUACCGGGGUGUCUCUGACCUUAUAAUGGGUGCGGAGGAGCACUUGGGCUCCUCUUUGUCUCUUUUUGUCUUUAAUAAAGACACGGAGACAAUCAGAAAAGUUAAUCUGCAGCCAAGAGACGACUGGGGAGGAGACGGCUGCCUUGGCUGUGAUGUGGGGUCUGGCUUCCUGCAUAGAGUUCCCUUCUCUAGAACAGCAAAGGAUGUAGUCGCAGCAGCAGCAGCAGCAGCAGCAGCUCCUGCUGCAGCAACGGCAGCAGCUGCUGGAGACGAAUCCGAUCGCUCUAUUUGUUUGCAGCCGCAGCAGCAACAAAACUACCAACAGCAGCAGCAGCAGCAGCAGGACCUAUCAGCAGCAGCAACAGCAGCAGCAGCAGCAGCAGCAGCAGCAGCAGGAUUGGGAAUGGCUCCUAUGGAUGCCUCUGAUCCUGCAGCAGCAGAUAUGCUCACUUCCUGUCUCCUCCUCCCCACAACAAAUUCUCCUUUAAGGGACCCCGCCUUCGUUGGAUCCUCUGCUGCGGACUUGCAGUGGGGCCGCAGUGGAAACUUGCAGCAGCAGCAGCAGCAGCAGCAGCAGCAGCAGCCACAACAGCAGCAGCAGAAUACAGUGGAGCAGCUAUUGCAGGAGCGGAGCGCUGCCUUCGCUGACAACGCGAAGAGUGCAUGUGAGGCCCGCAGCUCGUUUUCAUUUGCUUAA